AUGUCUGAUGUUGAGAAGGAUGUCAAGUUGUCAUUGAAAGUGAUGAUAAAUAAAGAGAGAAAUGAGGUACUCUUUGCAGAAGCCGACAACCAUUUCACAGACAUUUUGUUAAGCUUCUUGACUUUGCCGUUGGGAAGAAUUUUCAAAGUCUUCAAGAAGCACUAUGGCGAUGAGCUUCCUACCAUUGCAAGCUUAAGCAGUUUGUACCAUAGCUUAACGAAUCUUGAUAGCGCCCAUUUUGUGACGGAGGGUGCUAAGCAGAUUCUUCUCAGUCCAGCCAGUUUAUUUGAAGAUGAAUACAAAAGGCUGAAACUCGAUAUCACUGAUUCUCCGCCUGCUGAAUAUUUCUAUUGUUCAGGCCGUGCCCCUCAUGGUAGAUUACAUAUUGUAAGCAUGUACUAUGACUCUGUUGAGCGUUGCAUACUUUGCCAUCGUACGAUGAAAAAAGAAGUAGCUAAAAAAGGGUCUGAAGCAGAUUCUUCUAGUGAUGGAGUGUUGACUAUACGUAAAGCAUCUUUCACAAUCUCUGAUGAUCUUCAUAUAUUUCCAAAUGAGAUUGGACUCCUACCAAUCAUCACCCUUCUCGGCAUUACAGAUGCGCAUAAGGCUGAGGAAAUCAAAGUGGAUCUUGGCUUCAAUGAGGCAUGCAUGACGUCCCCAACUCCAUUGUCGGACGUUAUCCUGAAUAAAACAACACACUUGAAGUCUGCAGAGGUUCCAUUGCACGAGAUGGUAGUAAAGGAAGAAAACCUCAACACUAUGAGUUUGAAAGUUACCAUACAAAAAUCCACAGGUAAGUUGCUGUAUGCUCAAGCUAAAGAAGAUUUUAUCGAGUUUCUAUUUGGUUUCUUCAACAUCCCACUAGGAGGAGUUGGGCAUCUUCUGGCUGGCAAGACUCGUGUGAAGGCUAUAAACAACUUGUAUCUGAGCACAGAUGACCAUGUAAACGACGAGUAUUUCAAAACCUCGGUUAUGAAAAGAAGGCUAUUGGAACCCAAUGUGGUUCAUGGAUGCAUUUCUGAAAACAACAUUCUUCGCCUUACUGAAGAACCUUUGCCUGUUGACUACACACGCUAUAACGACUAUUUUUCUUCAGUUAAGUUUCCCAAAGGGAAAGGGAGGUAUCUUGAGAGACCAGCAACUUAUAAGGUGACAGAUGAUUUAACUGUGACCCCUUUUUGCACUGUCUCCAUUCUUUCCUCUCUCAAUAGCUUGAAAAUCCCCAUAACUGAUGUCCAAGAAUUGGAGCUGCAAAUCGGAUUGAAAGAGGUAUAUAAUACAAUUUUAAAUAUGUGAUUAUGUUUUGUAGCAUGUGUUGAGAUGAAGUUUGUUGGUGCAGGGCUUGAGCAUACUGAAAGCUUCUCUUACAUCAACUUCUGCU